GACUGAAGAGCGGGCGGCCGUGGCUGCGGCGGCGGAGGGGCGUCAGACUCGCCCCAGGGUCGGCGAGGCGGGCUGGCAGUCGGGGGAGCCACGCGGCGGCCAUGGGGGGUUUGAAGGACGAGCUGCUCAAGGGCAUCUGGCACGCCUUCACCGCGCUCGACCUGGACCACAGCGGCAAGGUCUCUAAGUCCCAGCUCAAGGUCCUGUCCCAUAAUCUGUGCACGGUGCUGAAGGUUCCACAUGACCCUGUUGCCCUUGAAGAGCACUUCAGGGAUGAUGAUGAGGGGCCUGUCUCCAAUCAGGGCUACAUGCCGUACUUAAACAAGUUCAUUUUGGAAAAGGUCCAAGACAACUUUGACAAGAUUGAAUUCAAUAGGAUGUGUUGGACCCUCUGUGUCAAAAAAAAUCUCACCAAGAGUCCCCUGCUCAUUACAGAAGACGAUGCAUUUAAAGUAUGGGUUAUUUUCAACUUUUUGUCUGAGGACAAGUAUCCAUUAAUUAUUGUGCCAGAAGAGAUUGAAUACCUGCUUAAGAAACUUACAGAAGCUAUGGGAGGAGGUUGGCAGCAAGAACAAUUUGAACAUUAUAAAAUCAACUUUGAUGACAGUAAAGAUGGCCUUUCUGUGUGGGAACUGAUUGAGCUUAUUGGAAAUGGACAGUUCAGCAAAGGCAUGGAUCGGCAGACAGUGUCCAUGGCAAUUAAUGAAGUCUUUAAUGAGCUUAUAUUAGAUGUGUUGAAACAGGGUUACAUGAUGAAAAAAGGCCACAGACGGAAAAACUGGACUGAACGUUGGUUUGUACUAAAACCCAACAUAAUUUCUUAUUAUGUGAGUGAGGAUCUGAAAGAUAAGAAAGGAGACAUUCUCUUGGAUGAAAACUGCUGUGUGGAGUCCUUGCCUGACAAAGAUGGAAAGAAGUGCCUUUUUCUCAUAAAAUGUUUUGAUAAGACUUUUGAAAUCAGUGCCUCAGAUAAGAAGAAGAAACAGGAGUGGAUUCAGGCCAUUCAUUCUACUAUCCAUCUGCUGAAGUUGGGCAGUCCCCCACCACAUAAAGAAGCCCGUCAGCGACGGAAAGAACUCCGGAAAAAGCUGCUGGCUGAACAGGAGGAGCUGGAGCGACAGAUGAAGGAGCUUCAGGCUGCCAAUGAAAACAAGCAGCAGGAGCUGGAGACCGUGAGGAAGAAACUGGAAGAAGCAGCAUCUCGUGCAGCAGAAGAAGAAAAGAAACGCCUUCAGACUCAAGUGGAACUACAGGCCAGGUUCAGCACAGAGUUGGAGCGAGAGAAGCUUAUCAGACAGCAGAUGGAAGAACAGGUUGCCCAGAAGUCCUCUGAACUGGAACAGUAUUUGCAGCGAGUACGGGAGCUGGAAGACAUGUACCUAAAGCUGCAGGAGGCUCUCGAGGAUGAGAGACAGGCCCGGCAAGAUGAGGAGACUGUGAGGAAGCUUCAGGCCAGGUUGCUAGAGGAAGAAUCUUCCAAGAGGGCUGAACUAGAAAAGUGGCACUUGGAGCAGCAGCAGGCCAUUCAGACAACCGAGGCAGAGAAGCAGGAGUUGGAGAAUCAGCGUGUCAUGAAAGAACAGGCCCUUCAGGAAGCCAUGGAACAGCUGGAGCAACUCGAGCUCGAGCGGAAACAGGCACUUGAGCAGUAUGAGGGAGUUAAGAAGAAGCUGGAGAUGGCAACUAGUAAGACCAAGAGCUGGAAGGACAAAGUGGCACAGCAUGAAGGGUUAAUCCGAUUGAUAGAGCCAGGUUCCAAAAACCCCCACCUGAUCACUAACUGGGGCCCUGCAGCGUUCACCCAGGCGGAACUUGAAGAGAGAGAGAAGAGCUGGAAAGGGAAGAAGAGCACUGAGUGACCAGUGACGCAGUGACGAGCGGGCAGGGGCCCCGUCGAGUGUGCACCCUCUGGCUGUAGCUGGGAUGCUGAUGCUGGACACACAGGAACUGGCUUGGCUGCUUCCAACCCUUCUUCCUUCCCUGCCUCCUGUCAGCUCAAUAUACGAAGGAAGCCUUCUUGUUUAUCUUCCUGAAAAUAAGGGCCUACAUGAAAAGAAAAAGUCGACACUAUCAUGCUCUUUAUUUACUUUCUUGGAAAACUUCAGCUUCUGAAAACUCCCUUUAGCUCCCUCAGGUGCUUGCUGGAAUCAGGCAGAGCACAGAGCCGGCGGGGGGCGGGUGCCACCAGCUGCCAUGGGUACGGGGGUAGGGGUAGGGGUGGGGGCACCGCUGGGGCCCCUGCUCAGCCUUUCCCCAGCACAUGCCCUUCCAGCUAGAUUGACUGCUCUGCCUGCCUCGUGGAGCCAGUUGCCAUGGCUACUUGCGAGUGGCCCCCACUCAGGGGUCCCCAUGGCCCGGGGGGUCCUGGCCUGCGCUGGGAGGUCGCUGUCCCCUAUGUAUCGGUUUCUGCUGAUGCUGAUUGACAUCCCGGCCCCGUGGCAUCAGCUCCAGGAAGGAAAUGCCUUCACGCAGUGCUUUGGCGGAGAUAGAAACUUAGGAAUCAAAGACAGCGCAGAGAUGAACUCGGUAAAUCCCAUUUGGAAUGAUAAUUUGAUACUAACUGAAGCCUUUCUAAUAUUUAAGAUGGUUUCAGCGGUCAGUGUGCUGCCAGACCCCUUGCUUUUACUUUUGUAGUUAACUGUACAGAACAUUUCAGGAAUGUGUGAAUGCUUGUCAUAAUCAGGCCUUUCCUUAAUAAAUAGGGACUUGAUCAUUUAUAGGAAUUAUACAUGAAGAAAGUUUUAAAAAUGUAUUUUUAUGAUGUCCUAUGUUGAGAGGGAACAAAUAUUUAUAAUUUUCAAGUAUUCUUACCUAAAUAUUGUACAAUGUAAUAUGCUGAACUUUCUUAAUUUUUUGCUAAUUUUCUAAGAUGUAUUAAAAAUGUUUUGUAUGUUUGGGUUUUUUUUGUUUUGUUUUUUAGUAAAAUGGACUCAGUAAGAAAAUAAAAGUACCAGAACAGCAUGCA